CUAAUAAACUAAUUCUAACAUUGCAGAGUAAUAGGCCUUGAUUAUUAUGUGCAAUCUUGUUAAAUAGUUAGAUAACAAGUGUAUUUAUACAAUGUUAAGUUCCCCUGUUUUAUUAUAAUAAUGUUUAUAUAUAAAUAUAAAAUAAACAGGGUUUUGGUCCAGUCAGAUGCAGUCAGAUGCAGUUAUGUGGCAUGUUUGCUCAUGAGUCAUACUGUAUAAGUUUGGUGUUUUUGGUAAUUGAUAGUGACUGUGUCAAAAUGGAAGUAGCGUAGUAUAACAUACGGCCAGUAUCAAAACGCCCACCUUCACCAUGUUACAAUUUUGCACAAUUUUCAUACACACUAGUUAUCAGAGUGCUAUUUAAAAAGUUUCAGUUUUACACACGAUCAAAUUGAAUUGAAUUGAAUUGAAUUGAUCACAGUUAUUACUGAGGUAGAAUGUUAGUGUUGUAUCUAUUGCUUCUUGAGGUACCAGAUAUAUCUCCAACUGAGUAAGACUAGGUUGACCUAGGUUGUCUUUUUUCUUUUUUACAUUAAACUUUGUAACUGGCCCUCAGCAUAUUUGAAGUGACAUUAUGUUAAUUUUCAGUUCAGUUUAGUUUAAGAUGCAUGUCAGAGAUCUGGGUGUGCUUGUUGCUUCAGACUGAGCUGACAACAUAUCAGUAGUUACUAUGCACAGCAAGAUUUUGAAUUUGCUUUCAAUAGGCAUUUGUAACUUUACUGUGCCGAUUCACAAAUGUGGUCUUGAAAUCCUUUAAUUAACCCAAGAAAUGUUAUUUGUAUUGGAGGCCUAUAACUAAUACACUUACUGAGAGGUAGAGUCCUAUCUGGUAAACCUGACCAAAUACGUUUGAAACAAAGCCUUACUGUGAGUAAUUUUAGAAUACAAUGUGGUUUACAUGAACAUGUGCCAUUUCCCUGUUUCAUGACCAGAAGAGACAAACCUUAUUGUAACAUUAAACGUCUGUGCAGCAGACAUGGAGAUGCUGAAUCGGACCGUUGCCAACUCCUCAACCACAAAACCUCCAACUUCAGUCUUACGGCGCUCCAGCGAUCUUGCUCCUGCAAUGCUCCUGUCACUGUGCUUCCUUGUGGGAUUCCCUGGAAAUAUAGCAGUUUUAAUCUUCAGACCAACCUGGCAGCAGUUGUCCAGACUGUCCCAGUGUCUGAUGAUGAACUUGGCCAUGUCGGACCUGCUGUGCUUGGUCACUCUGCCUGUUUGGAUCUACACUCUUCUGUAUAGCUGGACCCUGGGUGUUGCCACAUGUAAGAUCAUGGCUUUUAUUGUGCACUGUAGCCUCAACAGCAGUCUGCUAACUGUCACUGCUCUGAGCAUCCAGCGCUACAUGCAGGUCAUACACCAGAAGAGAUGUCUAAGGUUCAAGAAGAGACUCCUUGUCCUCUUGUGGGCCAUGUCCAUGGUCCUCUCCAUCUCACCUUUAGUGGUUCGAGAUAUCAAAAUCAGGAUCGGAUCGGAUCGGCAUAUGUGCUUUCCAUGUUACAACUCAACAAAUACAGCUCAACAAGUGGCUGUUUUAUUCUCUGAAUGCUUUGUGGGUUUCAGCUCAUUCUUCAUUACAGCCUUUACAUACAUUUGUCUGAACAGAAAGAUGAACCAGGCUGUGUUUUUAAAAAGAUCUUGGACAUCGAAACUGAUCACAGCUAUCAUAAUAACUUUUUUUGCCCUGUGGAUGCCAUACUUUAUUUUUGAUCUUGUGGUUGGAGUAGCCAUUAUCCAAAAGGUCUCUGGUAUACAUAAGUUUUUUGAAUCUAGCUACAACAUAUUUGCAUCUGUAACCUUUAUUAAUAGCUGCCUGAAUCCAAUUCUCUAUGCAUUUGCACUCAGAAUAUGUGGAAAACGUAACAAGAUAAACUCUAGCAAUCAUGAAGAACCUACCAUGACUAAUGAUGUGUCACAUGUCAUGUAAUUAAACUCAUCAUUCCACAAACUGCUUGUCUCAUGGAGAUAAUUUUGAUUUAAUUUGAUUUAAUUUGGCAUUAAUCUUAUCUAUCUUGCCUUUGUUCAAUUACAGGUAUAUUGUAGAAUAUUAUUUUGAUAAACAUGCCUUCUCAUGUCAGCAGCAUCUGUAGAGAAAUUUGGCCAGGUGAUGGCAUCUGGUUGUCUCCAUAUGAGAAAAAUAAGUUUACAUUGAGGCUACAGUGACUCAGUAGUUAGAUAAGUGGUCAUCUAGCCCGAAGAUCAGAGGACUGAUUUCUGCUCUGCCAUUGUGUCUUUAGGCCAAACACCCAUCUUGCAGUCUACCUCAGGACUGUAGCGAUAAUAUUAGCUUACCACCACCUAGUAUGGACUGAAUUAAUAAUACACUGCAAAACAUCUUGGCAUUUUGCUAUAUAAAUGUGGUGUUUGAUUAUCAUCAUUAAUGUCAUACUAUGCAAUACAAUGGAACAUUUCAGACAAAGCAUGGAGACAAGCUGGUGCCCCACACGCCAACAGAAAACAUACGGUACCUUUAAAUGAUGUAAAGUCUUUAGUACAUUAAAACUGAAUUCAGACCUACUUAAUGUAUUGCUGUAUGUAACAUAUAUAAAACACUUAUUUGUGUCUUUUUCAUUCUUUCUUCCAUUGUUUGUAUUUGUCCAUCAGUGUAUACGGUGAGAGAUGGUUAUUUUUGAAAUUCCCCGGUAAAAUAAAC